AUGUCACGAUUUGCAGACAUACUUCACAACGACUUCAUCGAGACAAUCUCCGACAUUGGCCUUGCAGAACACGACGAUAACUUGGACGUCAUGUGUUUCCUCGAGGAGGACAAACGAAUAGAAAUUAUUACUAUCACUUUGGAAUCACUCAAGAAUUCCUCAAACCUCACAGAAAUUAACUGCAAAGGGAAAAUGUUGUGGGUACUCUCGACGCUUGCUGAUGUCUUUGUGUUUUCGAAGACUGAGAGGAGUAUCUUACGAACUGCGGAGAUGUAUGAGAAGUGGCUCAUGGAGAACGAAACACAACGGCCAAAGUACAUGAGCGAGAAUUAUGUGGAGUGUGCAAAAUUGAUAUUAGGACAACUCACAUUACCUUUUGUGAAUUGCAAAGUUGAAGAAAGGGAAGUUGAGAACCACGCAGACUACUGCUUGAAAGUGGUGGAUAUCUACUACAAUGUGUUGGACACAAAGUAUGGGGAUGAAUUGAACUCGUGGAUAUUGGACUGUUUGUAUGGUGUUUUUGUGCCAGUAUUUGGGUUCUUCAAUGGCGACGAUGACGCAGUGAAACGGAAAGACAAUUCACAGUACAAGUAUUACACAUAUUUGCUCAAGCGACUUGUUAAUAUCUUUCACUUGUGUUUACUCAAAAAGUCUGAUGUGAAAAGUCAGAUCUGGUACGUUUUCAUGUCAAAUGCGUUUGAAUGGAACUCCGACGCGGAGGUUGUUGAACAGUGGGUAGCAACAACACUCUCAUUACAACAAGCGUAUAUGGAACACAUCCUUCAUCCCAAAAGUUCCAAACCCGUUGUGAAAUUCAUGAAGAACUGUGGAAUGGAAGUGUCAAUUGAAAUCGAAGAAAAUACGUUACAGACGAUGUGGCUCUCAUUCAUUAAAAUUAGCAAUGUAGACUAUUCUAAAAUGGGUUUCACAUGUGCUGAAAUAUUCCAAGAAGGGAUUUCACUGUUAAUGCAUGACCUCUCGUGUUAUUUGAACGACAAAGAAUUGACCGUGCAACCACCAGACGGAAAUGUCAUUUUGGACUUGUACGGAGAUGCCGCUACCCUCCCGAUAUUUAUGUUAUCUGACAAAGACGAAUUCAUUGAAGCAGUCAAAAUUUCUAUUGGGAACAUCUGUUCUUUCUUCGCAGAAACACUCCCAACUACUGAGUUUGAACCGAAGUAUAUCAAACUCCUCAUUAACAUUAUUCAAACGGCACUCUCAUCACACAGCUUCUUUGUAGUUAGAUCAUGCUUGGACAACAUUCAAAACGUGUUGAACUAUCCGCUGAGUGGACUGACUUUAUCAUUGGAAUCCAUUUACUCUGCAAUCGACUCGAUUCUUGAAAACGCAAAGACUGAAACUAAUAUUAAGAAAUUGAUGAGUGCUUGGGUGUACAGAGGUUUCAUCCGAACACUGAACAAUUCUUUGGUCCACUAUAACGUGUUCACCAAUCUCAGAAAAACAAACAAAGAAAUAAGAAAUGUCGAGCCACUGUUAUGCACUUUAUUGUUGAAGCUGUUUAAAACUGAUCUGGUCGACAAUGAAAAUGUGACAACAUUGUGCUCCCUUAUUACGACGUUUUUAGUCUCCUUCUUGCCAAAAACCCUUCCCACACAACCAAUUGUUAACGAUCCGAAUUCCCCCGUUGUGGCUUCUGUCUCACACUUGGCAUGGAAAAUUUCCGAGUGCGUCAGAGGAUUCUCGAAAGAUAUUCCCGUCACCAAAUUACAGCCAUGUUUUGGGAUAUUUUACACCAUUUCCAAGUUUAAGAAGUUUGUUCCCGAUACGGAAAUAUCGUUUGGAGAGGAUGUUAUACAGCUUCUUAUCUCAGCAUUCAAGAAACAUAUCAUCCAAGAUGGAUCGGAAAACAUUCCCGAAUCAUUUGUGAAUUUGUUAUUGUACACCCUCAACGAAUACAUCUCAGACUCCAAAGAAUUACAACAAUAUUACUUAAAACAAGUCUUCGAGUCGUUGGCAUCUGUUGUGAACUCAUACCCCAAAUCUCUUCAAAUCUUUCAACAAGUCCAACUGCUUACAAGCAGAUUCUCUUCGACACAAAUUCUCUCGCCAACACGCGAAGAUGUUGUUGCUAUUCUAAAAUGCACGGAGAGAAAGUUUGUGAAUCAGUGGCAAACCCCAAAAGACCACAUCAGAAUCAUCGGUAAGAAUGGAACCAUAUAUUCAUUUGUUGAUUUACCUCAAAUAGAUAAGACACAACUGCGAUGCCAAAUCAUCAAAAGAUCUCCGACUGGGAAAUUCUCGUUUGAAAGUUCCAUUGAUUAUGUGGAGACGAAUGGACAGACCGUCUACUGUGCAAAAGAAGAAGUCAAAUCAAAUUUCAAAGGAGAUAAAGUUGUCGAUGGGAUACCACUCUUUUGCACAUACUCGGAAUUGAUUUCGAAGAAACCAAAAGUUGCUCCAAACAAUGUUCAAUGUUUUAAGUCGCUCAUCAAUAUGAACUUGCCUGGUGAAGAGAAUAGUGUAUUCUCACACAAUUUGGGCUCGAGACUCUAUCAUGCCUGUGUCUUUGGUAUUGACAGAGACGAAGUGUCUUUGAAUGUGUCCGAGGAGUUGUUCGAUGACUUGGAAAAACUUGACAAGUUGCGAGCAACACUCCACGCGCAUGCACUCAUCGACUUCCCUCCAGCCGUCAAAAUGAGUCAGUUCUUUACUUCUUUUGUGAUGGGGAUUGGCGAUUAUUACGAACCAAAUUCGUUGAUUGAUACUGAUGUGAAGAGGUUUAUAUCGAUUCAGACGUAUGAGGGAAACAUUAUAUGUGAGUGUCCCGAAUUGUUCAAGACGCAAAAAGGUGAGAAAUAUGAUUUGCAAGUCAUUUGGAAUUGUACACAGACGUAUACCCCCACAGUGUUGUCGAAGAAUGUCAUCAUAAUAACGCCAGUCUCAUGUAACACAUUCAGAUUGGUCUCAAAGGAAAGCAACACAAUAAUCAACGAUUGUUACGUCUCCGGUGAUUCAAUGAAAAGAGUCUUCUCAUCUUUUGCAUUCAAGUUGUUUGCGCAAGACUUUAAUAUGUUCAUUGGACCGAUGGCAGAGAGAAGGAAGUUAAUAGAUGAAAUCAUUGAGAAGCAUAGAUAUAAGAAUGGAGGAAGAGGGUUGGCUAUAUUCACACAACCUGUUGCACAAGCGAUUGACAAAUGUAUUGUGGUCGACGAGUUCGGGUGGGAGCCUGCAAAGACUGUGGUUGCACCAUUGCGACAAACGGCAUCAACAAACAAAAUUACACUGACACCACAAGUUGCGAUGCUUGUCGAGUCGAUUAAAAAGAAGCCAAGUCCAAAUUGCCCAUAUUUUCACUGCGAAGCAGAAGACGUCCAAACAGAGAAGAUGCAAUUCCAGAUGGCACAGUCGCUGCGGUGUUGUGAAAAAGAGGAUCCUUUCUAUUACAGGAGAUCAAAGACACUAUAUUCUCUUCGGACCCAGACAAAACUUGCAAAACACAGUCUCCGCCGGCUUUCAU